AUGGUAUUUUAUUGUGUAAUUUCUGGUUGCAAAACCAACCGCCCUGGUGGUUUAAAGUUGCCGCUUUUUUCGGUACCGAAAGAUAUCGUACGUAGACAAAGUUGGGAAACUGCACUUGGUAUAAAAAAUUUGGAGUCCUCGAAGCAUCGUGUAUGUGAAAAACAUUUUCCUCCAGAAAAUGUGAUACGAUGUACAGAACACAGGGAUGCGUCUGGAAAUUUAAUUGCUAAGGUACCACUUCGAACUUUUCGACUUUCUGAAAAUGCAAUUCCAUCUCUUUCUCCGAAUGGUAAUAUGGAUGAAAAGGAAAAUGUUGAAGAACUUGAUAAUCCUGUUCAUGAAAACACAUCUGAGAAUGUUCUGAAUGAUACUAUAAAUCAGAUUUUUGAUAGUACAAUUCAUGACCAUGGUUACACACACAAUAUAGUUGCAAUGGAUAUAAAAGAAGAAGUAAUGAUCGAUUCAUCAGAAGAAGAAAAUAUUCAAUGUGCAGAUCAAGAAGAAGAAAAUAUUCAGUGCACAGAUCAAGAAGAGGAAAAUAUUCAGUGCGCAGAUCAAGAAGAAGAAGAAGAAAAUAUGUUUACACAGUUAUGUGAAAAUAUUAAUUUCUUUCAAUUACCAAAAGAUUGGACUGUACAUAUUCCUUCUAAUAAAAAUAGCGUAACUUUUUUAGAAAUUGAAAUCAAUUUAACCAAUGAUAAUUACAAUGCUUGUCUAGUAAAAAGAAGUAUUAUAAUAAAAGAUAAUAUGGACAUUGUAUAUAUAGCAUUGGAAAAAACUAUAUCUUCAGAAAAACUUAAUCUUCCAAAUAAAUUUCACAAUUUUGAAGAAUUGAGGAUAAUACUAAAUCAUUUUUCUAAUAUGUUAUUUUGUUCUGGGAUAGCUGACAUUGAUGGUGUAAACCUAGUAAAACAUACAAUUGGAUAUACUGAUUGUCAUGAUAAAUUAAGGCAUAAAAAGUGUCAUAUAUUAACUUUAUUUGAAAAAUGUGAAAUGUGUGAAAAAGUGAGGAGAACUGUUAGACAAAAAAGACGUCGUAUGUCUAAAAGAAAUAUGGGUGAGGAAAUUACUGAUUUUACAAACACAGAUGUUUUACAUAUCUGGAAGAAGAAGUUUGACGCACAAAGAAGUGCACUUUUCCGUGCAAAAAAAACAAUUAGAACACUUCAAGCUCGUAUUAACGAAAUGAAGGUAGAUUUAAGUAACAUAGAUAUGCAAACUGUACUUAAAAAAUGCAGAGAUCACCAAAUUCCAGAUAUACAGAUGACGUUAAUUGAACAAAUUAUAGCAUCUGCAAAGUUGAAAAGUGUAAAAGGUCAACGAUAUAGUGGAGAUUGGAUGAUGCUAUGCACUUUAAUGUACAUUCGUUCUCCUGAAGGGUAUGGACAUUUACAAAAGUUGAAUAUAUUGCCUUUGCCCUGUGCAAGAACUGUUCGUCGAUGUUUAUCUCUUGUAGAAACAAAGUGUGGUCUAGAUAAUAAGUUUUUCGAAUAAAAGUCUAUAUGUUCGUUAUAGAAAAAA